CACUCCAUACAACUCUGGAACUGUCUAACUCAUGUAGCUCCAGUGUAGCCCGGGGUCCGGCAGUGUCCGACGACACUGUAACGCGCUGUUGCGCCAGCCGAGCGCGCGAGGCUAAUUUCGGUGGGCCCCGAAAGGGCGUGGAUCCCGGAUCAAUGAUAGGUGUGGCGCGUCGUCGGUGGCGAUCGUGGUUUAGAGACGAAGGAGCCCGUGGAGAACCGGUCGUUGCGGGGCAUUUAGAGAAGAAGAUUCGUUAAACGACAGACGUCGACGGCGACGACGACGAGGAGGAGGAUGACGAGGACGACGACGACGAUGACGACGGUGUCGCAUCUCGGAAUCCGGCGAGCUGCGCACUCGCUACCGCAAAGCCCGGCGCUGCCCCUUUCCUCUUAGCCCGUCGCUUUCCGUGCUCGCUCUAUCGCUCGUUAGGCGCGUUAGUCCUCUUCUUAACGCGGAACUUUCGACCUCUCGUUCGUUGGCGAAUAGCACCGGCCACUUAGUUUAUGCUCGACCCUGUCGUCGGUCGGAUCGGCCGAGGGAACCGCGGUCCCGUCUCGCUUCAGAGGAGGAUCGGCUCGUGGAAACACGUGGCUACGGAACACGGUUCCGCCCGGCGGCAAGCACGGAUCUGAUCGCAGACACCCUCGGGACCGGGCCGGUGUGUAGCGGAUCAAAAACGAAGCGAACGAUGACGCUCGCCGAGAAUGCCGAACGCAAGCGAAGUUCCAGCGAUGUUUCGAGCGCGGCGGUCGAGGACGCGCGGGACGGCCAGCCGUCGGAAGAGAACUCCAACGUGAGCGUGGAAGGGAAUCCUUUGUUGGAGCCGGACAGCAGGUCCGUGUCGGUGAAGAUCGAGAGCACCAGGCCGAAGAAGACGGCCAGCAUGGACGACGCCGAGCAGACGUUGACGAACAACACGAGGCACGAUCCGGAAGCGGGCCAGCCGAACAACGUUGCACCGCCGGACGGCGGGAUGCGGGCAUGGAUGAUCAUGAUCGGCAGCUUCGUCAUCAACGGCGUAUUGUUCAGCGUCAUUAACACGUACUCGCUGAUCUACCUAGAGCUGCAGAAACGGCUGCUCGAGUCCGGAGAGACCGCGGCGUCUUCGAAGGCUGCUUUAGUUGGAUCUUUAACCAUUGGUACCACGUUCUUUUUAUCGCCGGUCUCUGGCAUCCUCACUGACAAAAUCGGCAUCCAGAUGACAACGUUUGUGGGCGGUGCUCUCGCAUCCAGCGGAAUGUUUCUCUCGUCGAUAUUUUCCGACAAGGUGGCGUUACUCUAUUUGACCUACGGUGUGAUGUAUGGACUCGGCGCGAGUUUGGCUUACACACCGAGCUUAGCGAUCCUGGGGCAUUACUUCAAGCGAUACCUGGGUCUGGUGAACGGUAUCGUCACAGCUGGAAGUUCAAUAUUCACCACCCUCAUGCCGUAUUUCAUCGAGGUGAUACUUCGCCGAUUCGGAUUAGAAGGCGCGCUAAGAUCCUUGGCCGUGCUCACCGCGAUCGUUAUGGCCUGCGCGAUUCUUUUCAAACCGAUUCCUUUCACGCCCGAGCCGCGGAACCAGCUGAAGUCGAAGUCGGACAUCAAAAGCUGCGUGAAAGCGAUCGUGAACGUUUCGAUAUGGAAGAAGAAACGAUACGUGGUUUGGGCGAGCUCCAUCCCCCUGGCGCUGUUUGGGUAUUUCGUCCCGUAUGUUCAUAUAGGGAAAUUCGUUGAGACAGUAUUCAAGGACGCGGACGGCAAGCUUCCGAUCAUGUGCAUCGGCAUCACGUCGGGCCUCGGCCGAUUGAUUUUCGGCUACAUCGCCGAUCUGCCGAAAGUCGACCGGAUAUUUUUGCAACAGAUUUCUUUCGUUAGCAUCGGCGUGCUUACCAUGCUUCUACCUGUCACACCUUCUUUCAUGGUGUUGUUACUUAUCUCUCUGGCAAUGGGAUUGUUCGAUGGCUGCUUCAUAUCCCUGCUGGGCCCCAUCGCCUUCGACAUAUGCGGCCGAGAAGGGGCCACCCAAGCCAUUGGAUUCUUGUUGGGCAUGUGCUCGAUACCUUUGACCGUGGGUCCGCCAAUCGCUGGACUUCUGUACGAUCACACUGGUAGCUACGAUCUGCCGUUCUUCCUAGCAGGUAUACCACCCAUAGUCGGAGCACUGAUGAUGUUCCUAAUAAAGUUCGUUAAAGACGACGACCAGAACUGUAUUAGAGAGAACGCGGAUAAUAAGGCGGCUUGUCAGAAUGAGUAUCGUCCGGGCGUCGACUACCUGGCCCCGUGUUUCGUGGCUGCGCUGAAGGACGUGUGCGAGCCGCGCCGGCAUCAUCCGAGCCUGGGCCUGAUGCGUUCGAACGUGCAUUACCAUUGCUCGAGAAGCUGCGAGCUUAAGGAAGAGGUCGGACGCAAGUGUCACGGGGCCAAGAAGAAGCGUCCGGAUCACAGCGAACACUCGGAGAGCGUGCCGUUGCUGCACGCCGGGAGCAUAUCACGCGGAGCACCCUGCCAAAGGACGACCGGGUCCUCGAUGUUCCUCACGUUCUAACGAGGCCAGCCAACGAAUCGGAGCGAUCGAAGCCAUUUGGCGACAACCGUCACCCGGCCAGGCGUCUUUGCAGUUCGAACGCCGCAAGAUUUUCCGCGCGUACUUCUCGAGAGGAUGAUUUCGACGUCGAAACACGGCGAGACACGGUUGCCCCAUUUUUCCUCGGCAGAUCGGUGGAGGACACCGGUCCUGUUUGAAACAAUUAAUUGUUACAGAAUAUUCGUCGUAUCGUUAGAACACAUCGUCGAGUAGAUGGUUGAUUCUUUUCGAAGAAGAUCAAGUUGUUCAAUGAUAGUAUUCGGUAUAGUUAACGCUUCGACUGCCGCUUCGAUUUUUAGCAUAAUCUGUCGCGAGUCGAGAAGCUCGUUCGGAUCUACGAAAUGUCAGACUCGCAUCGGCCGAUGGCAGUCAACGUGUUAAACUCGUGGAUCGUGACAAUAUUUUUAGAGCAACUUUAGACAGUUUCGAUUAGAGACAAUAAAUGGUGUUAUCGAAAUA